AUGGCGACCCCGAAGUCUGCACCAUUGCAGACCUCAGCCAAUCGCAACGUGAACAACGUCGUAUUAGGCGAUCUCUUGUUCAAGCCAUGGAACCAAUCCAUCUACCCUGAAGACCUCGUCGCCAAGGAUGCCGAUCGACUCUACGUCUGCCGCUGGUGCUUUCGAUACUCGUGUGACGUGGAUAUAUUUGAGGAACACAAACGGGCCUGCGAGCAUCGCAUAACCCCACCAGGCACGAAAGUCUACGACCAUGGCGGGUAUGCAGUGUGGGAGGUUGAUGGACAAAACCACAAACUUUUCGGACAGAAUCUGUCCCUUUUCGCGAAACUUUUCCUCGACCACAAGACAGUCUUUUUCGAUGUCGCGACCUUCCUGUACUACAUCCUUACUUUCACCGACCCGGACCAAUCCGACAGUUACUACGUGCUCGGCUUCUUUUCAAAAGAGAAACUCUCAUGGGACGCGAACAACCUUGCCUGCAUUCUGAUAUUCCCGCCUUACCAACACAAACAGCUUGGGAAGUUGUUGAUGGGAGUCAGCUACAAGCUCAGCGGGUGGGACUCGAAUGGUGGGUGCAUCGGUGGUCCAGAGAAGCCACUGAGUGAGCUGGGCCACAAAAGCUAUGUCCGUUUUUGGGCCGAACGGAUUGCCCGAUUCUUGCUCCGCGGCAAACCUAACGGCUCCCGCAAGAGACCCUUGCGUGAGACCAUUACCGUUGAAGAACUCGGCCUGGGAACUGGUAUGCUGACUGAGGAUGUGAUUACUGCACUGAAGAGCAUGGGACUUUUUGAACCCCAGGCCACCCCGAGAAAACGUAAAUCUACCCGUACAGCUGCAGAGGAAAUUACUACACAAUCAGAGCAGAUGGUCACCAUUUGCAAAUCUGAUGUGUGGGAGUGGGCUCAAGCACAUCAUCUCUCCCUGGACGACCCAGUCAGGGAAGAAGGCUUUGAGGGACUUUGGCCCCCCGAUAUUGUGUCCGAUGGGGAUGGCCAAAGCGUUGCCUCAGAAGAAGACUGA